GCAGCUGAUGGAACACAUAUCAUGUUCCAUCAGCUGCUUCAGUGGGCACUGAUCCCAGUGAUUGAGAGCAUGUGCUGUGGGCAGGGGCGGACUGACAACUCAUGGGGCCCCCGGGCAAUAGGGGAUCAUGGGGCCCCCGUGUCCUUGCCCAAACUCAAAAAAGCCUAUGAAAAAGGUACCAGGGGCAUCUCAUGGGGCCCCCUACUGACCCUGGGCCCUCGGGCAGUGCCCGAUUCUCCAAAUGGUCAGUCCGCCCCUGGCUGU